AGUAAUGGUUUACGGGACAACUUCAUUACAAUUGUUUGCUAGUCCGAUACAGCGACGACUCAUCACCGCCAUAAGGAAAGGGGUUAAUUUCCGAAUUCGACGAGUAUUUGUAAUGGAGUGCAACUUCAUUACAAUUGUUUGCACCAUCGCCGCCCCAACCGGAAGAUUUGCACUAUCGCCGCCCCACCGGAAGAUCUGCACCCAUCGCCGCCUCAAAUCCGCAGCCCCACCGUGGCACUGCCCAGGCCGGACGCUACCGCCACCGACCGGACUGGACCACGCCGCCAACGCCCAGGCCGAACCCCAACUCCACCGGGAUUCAUCUCCAGGAAAUUAACAGGCAGGUUCAGAAACAGAGGACAUAUCCGAAAUUGGCCUCCGAUUCUAGUUCUUGCGGUAGUGGUAUUACGGACGAAGAUUUGGUGCGUUCAUUUUCUUGUUGCUGUUCAUUGAACCCAUAUUAAUUAGUUUGUUUCUGCUUUCCUUUUUUUCAUAAUAUCUGUACGUAGAGGAACAACUUUUCUGAGUUGCAUUAACUUUAAUUUUUUAUUUUUUGUCUCAAGAUCCUGUAUGUUCAUCUACUACAAUCCUGGAAGUUGCCAAACUCUAUAUGUGGUGUGGUCUUUUUUGUGAGAUUGUAAUUCACAAGA